UUGGUUGGUUCAGAAGUUUUUGUGCCAGUUUGCAGACACUUCCGAGGUAGACUGUAAAUAGUUCUGUCCUCUCUGGGGAUGACACAGCCUAUCAACUUGGCCCUGUCUGAAUGAGGUUUCAGUAGCUGGCCGUAAGCAUAGUGGUACAGGAACACAUUCGGUCUCUUCAAAUACCUUAAUGUCUACUGUGCCUGUUUCAAGGAUACGUGGUCAGAGACUCCAGCGGGCACAGUAGCCACAGGGAUGUCCUGGUAACUAGAGGUGGGAGCUUGAAUAAAAUUAGUCUUGAAACUCACCCAGGUACCAGGAAGAUCUCAGCACCUGUAGGUUGAGAACCAUUCAUCCAGGAGACAUCUCCUGAGCGUCCACUGCAGAGAAGAGUACUCCUGUUAACAUAGGUGCCGUGUCUCCGACUGGCGGGCCUCACAGUAGGCCCUCGGUGUGUGCUGAGUGAAUGAGGGACUUUCUGUGUUGUGCUGUGUCCCAGCACCUUUUCAUCAGAUUGCUCUCUGACCCUGUGGGGACCCCUGGGUGGGGUUAGUAUUGCUCUACUAAUUUCAAAGAAUCUGACAGGUCUUUAAUGGGCUUCAAGGGUUUAGGGGCUGGGGGGAGGCCACAAAGCGAGAAGCUGAGACCCUCAUCCCAAAGUGUACCUUCCAUUCACUUCACGGGAGGAAAUGAAGCCCCAGGGAGUUGGCUCUCAACACCUGCUAACUCCCUUGCUGGGUGCAGUCACUUGCUGAUUAGCUUCUCUCACCUCCACCCCAGCAUCGGAGUAAUGAAAUAAUUUGUACUCGUUCCCUCAGAAAUUGAUGCAGCCCUUAUGGGAUGUUCUUGUCAUCUAGACCAGCUUGUAAAUGGCUGUGCACAUCUUCUUCAGCAACAGUCCUUCAGCCUCAAGUCCAAAGCCUAGUGACAUCCUCCCAGGUGCAGCCGGUCACCAUCCAGCAGCAGGUGCAGACGGUGCAGGCCCAGCGGGUGCUGACGCAGACAGCCAAUGGCACGCUGCAGACCCUCGCCCCAGCCACGGUGCAGACAGUUGCUGCGCCCCAGGUGCAGCAGGUCCCGGUCCUGGUACAGCCUCAGAUCAUCAAGACAGAUUCCCUUGUUUUGACCACACUGAAGACAGAUGGCAGCCCUGUGAUGGCCGCAGUCCAGAACCCAGCCCUCACUGCCCUCACCACCCCCAUCCAGACAGCUGCCCUUCAAGUUCCGACCCUGGUGGGCAGCAAUGGGACCAUUCUGACCACAAUGCCUGUGAUGAUGGGACAAGAGAAAGUGCCCAUUAAGCAGGUACCUGGAGGAGUCAAGCAGCUCGAGCCCCCCAAGGAAGGAGAAAGGAGGACGACACACAACAUCAUUGAGAAGCGGUAUCGCUCCUCCAUCAAUGACAAAAUCAUUGAGUUGAAGGACCUGGUCAUGGGGACAGAUGCCAAGAUGCACAAGUCUGGCGUUCUGAGGAAGGCCAUUGACUACAUCAAAUACUUGCAGCAAGUCAAUCAUAAACUGCGCCAGGAGAACAUGGUGCUGAAACUGGCAAAUCAGAAGAACAAGCUCUUGAAGGGCAUUGACCUAGGCAGCCUGGUGGACAAUGACGUGGACCUGAAGAUCGAUGACUUUAAUCAGAAUGUCCUUCUGAUGUCGCCUCCGGCCUCCGACUCAGGGUCCCAGGCAGGCUUCUCCCCCUACUCCAUCGACUCUGAGCCAGGAAGCCCUCUAUUGGAUGACGCAAAGGUCAAAGAUGAGCCGGACUCUCCUCCUGUAGCACUUGGCAUGGUGGACCGCUCGCGAAUCCUGCUGUGUGUCCUCACCUUCCUGUGCCUCUCCUUUAACCCCCUGACCGCCCUGCUGCAAUGGGGAGGGGCCCACGACUCGGACCAGCAUCCACACUCAGGCUCUGGCCGCAGCAUGCUGUCUCUCGAGUCAGGUUCUGCGGGCUGGUUUGACUGGAUGAUGCCAACGCUUCUCUUGUGGCUGGUGAACGGUGUGAUUGUCCUGAGCGUCUUUGUGAAGCUGCUGGUCCACGGGGAGCCAGUGAUCCGGCCGCAUUCGCGCUCCUCAGUCACCUUCUGGAGGCACCGGAAGCAGGCAGACCUGGACCUGGCCCGGGGAGAUUUUGCAGCUGCCGCUGCAAACCUGCAAACCUGCCUGUCGGUGUUGGGCCGGGCACUGCCCACCUCCCGCCUGGACCUGGCCUGCAGCCUCUCCUGGAACGUGAUCCGCUACAGCCUGCAGAAGCUGCGCCUGGUGCGCUGGCUGCUCAAGAAGGUCUUCCAGCACCGGCGGGCCACCCUGGCCACUGCCGCAGGCUUUGAGGAGGAAGCUAAGACCAGUGCUCGGGAUGCAGCCCUGGCCUAUCACAGGCUGCACCAGCUGCACAUCACAGGCAAGCUUCCUGUGGGAUCCGCCUGUUCAGAUGUACACAUGGCUUUGUGCGCUGUGAACCUGGCUGAAUGUGCAGAGGAGAAAAUCCCCCCGAGCACGCUGGUUGAGAUCCAUCUCACGGCCGCCAUGGGGCUCAAGACGCAGUGUGGAGGCAAGCUGGGCUUCCUGGCGAGCUACUUCCUCAGUCGCGCCCAGAGCCUGUGUGGCCCCGAGCGCAGCGCUGUUCCCGACUCGCUGCGCUGGCUCUGCCACCCCCUGGGUCAGAAGUUUUUCAUGGAGCGGAGCUGGUCCGUGAAGUCGGCUGCCAAGGAGAGUCUGUACUGUGCCCAGAGGAACCCAGCCGACCCCAUCGCCCAGGUGCACCAGGCCUUCUGCAGGAACCUGCUGGAGCGAGCUGUGGAGUCCUUGGUGAAACCUCAGGCCAAGAAGAAAGCUGCAGACCAGGAAGAGGAGAGCAGUGAAUUCUCCAGUGCUCUGGAGUACCUGAAGUUACUUAAUUCUUUUGUGGACUCGGUGGGGAUUGUGACCGCCCCCUUCUCCAGCAGCUGCGUGCUCAAGUCAGCCCUUGGUCCAGACGUUGUCUGUCGGUGGUGGACGUCCGCGAUCACCAUGGCCAUCAGCUGGCUCCAGGGAGACGACGCAGCUGUGCGCGCUCACUUUACCGAAGUGGAGCGUGUUCCCAAGGCCCUGGAAGUGACAGAGAGCCCCCUGGUGAAGGCCGUCUUCCACACCUGCAGAGCUAUGCACGCCUCACUCUCUGGGAAGGCGGACGGGCAGCAGAGUUCCUUCUGCCACUGCGAGAGGGCCAGUGGCCACCUGUGGAGCAGCCUCAACGUCAGUGGGGCCGCCUGCGACCCAGCCCUCAGCCAUGUGGUCCAGCUGCUGACCUGUGACCUGCUCCUGUCGCUGCGGACAGCACUCUGGCAGAAACAAGCAGGAGCCAGCCAGGCCCUGGGUGAGACCUACCACGCGUCGGGCGCUGAGCUGGCUGGCUUCCAGCGGGACCUGGGCAGCCUGCGCAGGCUGGCACAUAGCUUCCGCCCGGCCUACCGCAAGGUGUUCCUGCAUGAAGCCACCGUGCGUUUGAUGGCGGGGGCCAGCCCCACCCGUACCCACCAGCUGCUGGAGCACAGCCUGCGACGGCGCACCGCUCAGAACGCCAAGCAUGGAGAGGCGGACGCCUGGCCCGGCCAGCGAGAGCGGGCCACCGCCAUCCUGCUGGCCUGCCGCCACCUGCCCCUCUCCUUCCUCUCCUCGCCGGGCCAGCGGGCGGUGCUGCUGGCGGAGGCCGCCCGCACCCUGGAGAAGGUGGGCGACCGGCGCUCGUGCAGCGACUGCCAGCAGAUGAUUGUCAAGCUAGGGGGCGGCACUGCCAUCGCCGCCUCCUGACCCCCGGCUCUGCCCACCUCGGCCACCACUUCCCUCUGUCUCUCAGUCUCUCUCUCCCUCCUCCCUCUGUCUGUGUUCCUCUCCCUCCUCCUCUGCCUCCCAGUCUCCCUCCUCCCUCUGGGAGCUGUGGGAUGAGCCGUGGCUUCUGAGCUGUCACCUGCCAAGGCUUUUGGACCACCUCAGGCUAGUGGGCCCCUUGGGCAGAGCCCCUUAAAGCUGCUGUGGAUAGAUGCCCACAGUCCAGGCCCCAGUGGGCCUGAGAGAGGAAAGUCAGGGCGGGGCAGGAGUUGGGGGCGCCCUGACAUGGAAGUGGCAGGGGGAGCUCCCAAGCUGCCCAGCCCCGCCUCCAGCCCUCCCACACUCUCUCCUGUGAACAUCUCCCCGCCUUUUCCUGCUUCCUGGUUGUUUAUCAGGCUUUCCCUCUGGGGGACUUAGGUCUCUGGGCACCAGAGCGCUUCACCCUUGGCACUGUGCCCAGCACGCCCCCCCUUUUUAUACGAAUGUUUUUAUAUCAGUGUGCUUGGGGUUGCCGUGAUGCAGGGCUAAGUUGCUGUGGCAUCUUUCUUUCUCUCUCUGGGUCUGCGUCCCCUCCCCUGUGCCUAGCAAAGCCAGUGCAUUGUUUUCUCUUUACCACAAGGAGCCAGGGAAGGAGGGAGCCCAGCCCUUGGGAGGGGGGUGGGAGGUAGGGGGCAGACCUGGGGAUGGAUGAAAUAAUGUCGGCAUAAUUUUUUAAUUUUUUAAAAAAUAAACGGUAUCUUAUUUAAGUGUCCUGUUCCUUCCCACUCCCCCGCCCCCUGGGAUGUCAGCCCAACCUUGGGUUAGUCCCAGGGGGUUGGGAAAGAUGAAGCCACCCAUUAAGGACUGGGGACCAGGGGCUUCAUUGGUUCUCAGCUCCCUGUCACCCCAACUCCUAUCUCCAUAGUCUGUUUUUAUCCCUAAUUCUUGACCUGAAAAUAAGCCAGGGUGGCAGGGACCAGACCCCAACCCCUCCCCAGUGACAAGCCCCUUUUCAGGGUGGGCACAGUGUUGCCCAAGGUGGGCACUAGGAAUGAAGCCCCCUUCCUUGAGCGGGGGGCCCUGGAGGGAAAAGUGGUCCUACUUUUCUGGAUCCCUUGGCUUGGUGCCUACCCGGAGGCCAUUUCUCCUGGGACCCGAGGGCUGCCUGGUACCCCGGGGCCUGCUGGUUGGGGCAGAAAGUGGGCCGGGACCCCAGCACAGAUGGGGUACACAGCAGAGAGGGGCUCCUCUGGCCAAGUGCAGGCUGGAACAGUCAGCUUGGACCUCACCCACUUUUUCUCUCCUGCCCACCCCGCCCCAACUGUAAUUUAUGGCCCCGGCCCACUGGGUGAGCCAGCCUUUGUGUCAUGUGUAUAUACUGUGCCUUUUCUCAUUCUCGUUUAGGGGUGGGGGGGUUGUUUUUUCACUGAACAGGGGGAUACACCUAUGGCUUCCUUGAUGUGGAAUCAUUCACUGUGUCCUGGAUGUAGGUUAUUGAAUAAACACAGAUUGGUACCACCCAG